AGAGCAACAAGUGGGGAAGUAAAACAGAGGCGACGGCUGACGCGUCCCGCAGCGGCGGACGGAGUCAGCGGGAAGAAGCGGGGGGCGGAGGAGUCCAAUCGGAAUCCACCCGAUUCUUCCUUCCCCCUCUCGAUCCUUCUUCCUUCGCGGCCGACGGGGCGGAAGACGAGAUCCUCCUCGAUUCGGCCUUGCGGCGGCGGCGGAGGCGGGCGAUGGGGGUCGCGGCCGCGGCGGGAGCCGGAGGCCAGCUCCUGGCGGCGGUGGUGGACUGGGAGUGGGAGCGCGAGGCCUACCCGGCGUACGGCGACUUCGUCGCGCUCCCCUUGUUCGCCGUCUUCUUCUUCGUCGUCCGCUACCUCCUCGACCGCUUCGUCUUCGAGAGGAUUGGAAGGAAACUUAUAUUUGGGAAGGAACAGGAUAAAGUUGAUUUUGAAAAGGAGGAAGCAAAAAAGAAGAUAAGAAAAUUCAAGGAAUCAGCUUGGAAAUGUGUCUAUUUCCUAUCUGGAGAGAUUUUAUCUUUGUCGGUUACAUAUAAUGAACCUUGGUUCACUAACACUAAAUAUUUCUGGGUUGGACCUGGUGAACAAGUUUGGCCUGACCAAAAGAUAAAAUGGAAACUUAAGGCUGUCUAUAUGUAUGCUGCUGGAUUCUACACAUAUUCCAUAUUUGCACUUAUGUUUUGGGAAACAAGGCGUUCAGAUUUUGGUGUGUCAAUGUCACAUCAUGUUGCAACUGUUGUGCUGAUAGUUUUAUCUUAUGUGUUCAGGUUUGCUAGAGUUGGUUCGGUAGUAUUGGCAAUUCAUGAUGCAAGUGACGUGUUCCUGGAAGUAGGGAAAAUGGCCAAGUAUAGCCAUUGUGAUUUGCUUGCCAAUGUUGCAUUUCUUCUUUUUGUCGUUUCAUGGGUCCUUCUCCGCCUCACAUAUUUUCCAUUCUGGAUUCUCAGAAGUACAAGCUAUGAAGUCUUGUUGACAUUGGACAAGAAGAAGCACAAUUUUGAUGGUCCUAUCUACUACUACGUGUUCAAUUCUCUCCUAUUUUCACUCCUUGUUCUUCACAUAUAUUGGUGGGUUCUGAUAUAUCGGAUGCUUGUGAGACAAAUCAAAACAAGAAAUGUUGGAGACGAUGUUCGAUCUGAUUCCGAAGGUGAAGACGAGCAUGAAGAUUGAUUGCUGAAGCUACCUGGUUUCUAUCUUGACAUGGUGCCAAGAACGCCAACGCAAAUACCUCGGCUUAUGAAUUCUUUUCCCGGCUGUGGAAACAUGUGCAUAUUGUUUGGGGAUGAGCACUAUUCUUCAUGGUAUUCGUUAAAGAGACGUAACAUUUCCUCUGUCUCGGUAGGAUAUCUGUGUGUUGAUGGAUGUAGCACGAGAGGUUGCUCCCGAAGCCUGCCUUCUGGCUGAUCAUCACAGAGUAAGUGCUCAAUUAUGUAGAGAUUGAAAUGUAAUGAAAUGUAACAAUAACGAAAAUGUUAGUAUACUAUUCCAAAUAUAUAUAUUCUAUGUGUAAGAAUAUGUAUACCAUAUGACCAUUAUCUGAAACUGUGUAGUACUAGUAAUUAAACAAGAUUAGAGCUGCCCAUGAUCGUUUUGUGCCGGGGGUUGCAGCUUUGUAUCGUGCUAGAUAAUUAAGACCCGACUAGGGGGUGCAUCCGGUACUGUAAAACAACUAUUCCCAUUUUUCAUUGUAUUUUUUUCGUAUUUUAAUACAUGAUGUCAUUGGUUUUCUAGCA